CCCAGCAUGCUCAGCACGCCAGGUCCAAGCUUAGGAGGUGGGAAAUUACUUCUCCGUUUUUAAUUCCGUAAAAUGUCGACAACACCUCAUAACAGAAAGAAAGUCUGCUACUACUAUGACAGUGAUAUUGGUAACUACUAUUAUGGACAAGGUCAUCCUAUGAAGCCCCACAGAAUUCGCAUGACACACAAUCUUCUCCUUAAUUAUGGCCUGUACAGAAAGAUGGAAAUUUAUAGACCACACAAAGCUACUCAGGACGAGAUGACAAAGUUCCACAGCGACGACUACAUUCGAUUUAUACGCUCCAUCCGGCCAGACAACAUGAACGAAUACAACAAACAGAUGCAGAAAUUUAAUGUUGGAGAGGACUGUCCAGUGUUUGAUGGCCUGUAUGAGUUCUGUCAGUUAUCGUCCGGCGGAUCUAUCGCCGGAGCUGUAAAAUUGAACAAACAAGCGUGUGAUAUAGCUGUCAACUGGGCGGGCGGCCUCCAUCACGCCAAAAAGAGUGAGGCAUCAGGGUUUUGUUACGUCAACGAUAUUGUCCUGGCAAUCUUAGAGCUGCUCAAGUACCACCAGCGUGUCCUCUACAUCGAUAUCGACAUUCACCACGGAGACGGGGUCGAGGAGGCCUUCUACACUACCGACAGAGUCAUGACCGUUUCCUUCCAUAAAUACGGAGAAUAUUUCCCCGGGACUGGUGACCUGAGGGAUAUUGGUGCAGGAAAAGGCAAAUAUUAUGCAGUCAACUUUCCUUUGAGAGACGGAAUUGAUGAUGAAAGUUAUGAAAGCAUAUUUGUUCCCAUCUUAACAAAGGUAAUGGAGACAUACCAGCCAUCUGCCAUUGUUCUACAGUGUGGUGCUGAUUCCUUGUCAGGUGACAGACUUGGCUGUUUCAAUCUCACAUUGAAAGGACAUGCAAAAUGUGUUGAGUUUGUCAAGAAAUACAACCUACCCCUUUUACUGUUGGGUGGUGGAGGCUACACUAUUCGAAAUGUUGCAAGAUGCUGGACGUAUGAAACUGCCGUUGCACUGAGUACAGAUAUUGCUAAUGAGCUUCCAUACAAUGACUACUUUGAAUAUUUUGGACCAGAUUUUAAGCUGCACAUAAGCCCUUCUAAUAUGGCUAAUCAAAACACACCAGAAUAUUUAGACAAAAUAAAGACGAGAUUAUUUGAAAACCUGAGGAUGCUUCCACACGCUCCAGGAGUCCAGAGCAUAGCUAUACCAGAAGAUGGUGUAGCAGAAGAGAGUGAGGAUGAAGAUAAGGCCAGUCCAGAUGAACGCAUCUCUAUUCGUGCUUCUGACAAGCGAAUUGCUCCUGAUAACGAGUAUUCCGAUUCGGAAGACGAAGGCGAUGGUCGUAGAGACGAGAGGUCGUUCAAGCCAAAGAAAAAGACCAAGACGGACGAGGCCGCUACUAACAAUGGAGCUGGGGAUGAUAAAAAGGAAACGUCAAUAACAAAAGAUGAUAAGACCGGAACACAGGUGGGACAGAAUGAAACUAAAGUAGAGUCUUGAGGGAAAGUGUAUUUUAAUGAUUAAUUUUAAUUAGUUAACAGAUGGUGAGGUAAAUGGUCUCUUAAAUAGUGUUGACACUGUUAUCAGCUUUGUCAAAUAUGUGUGAACUUUCAUGUGAAUGAUAACGUCUUCAGAUGAAAUGAACACUUGACUGCUCAGCAUAAGUUUUAGUUGGAUAUGAGUUAUCAUUCCUUUUGAGUUCCCUUGGGACCACGUGUUUUAUAUUUAUUCCUAUUAAAAGUGGAUGCUCUUGUGAGUUGCAUGUUCCUUAGCAUUACAGAAGUUGAUGAUCUGCCAAGUCACAUGUUUCUUACCACACUCACCAUUAUAAAAGUUGAGGUUUGGUAAGACACAAGAUUCUUAUCAUUGUCAAUUUUACGUGCAGGUUGACGCUGUGGUAAGUGAUGUGUUUCUUACUACCUUCAUCAUUGUCAUUAAAGUGGAAGGCCAGGAAGUAUACGUGUGUGUUGCCGCUCUCGUGAGUACCACAAUUGAUGGGUGAGGUCAGUCAUUAUCUCUGAGACAUUAAGAGUGUUGUACUGUACAGCAUGGUAAGCUCCUCGUGUGUGUGGUCUUGAUGAUGGGUGUGACUGGAGAUGAUAGGUUUGCACUUUAUUUGUAGUCAGUAUUAUCAAAAUCUCAUGGUUCAGCGAAGGCAUACCAGAAGAAUGCUCAACAGUAAUUCUUUUGUGCGUUGUUAAGGCUUGAAGUACAGUGUAUACCAUGUUCCUAAUUAAAUGUUCAUCAAAUGUAAUGUAGGUGUUUACUUCAGAGGUUUUUAUAUACAUUAUAGUGCAGUACUAGAUAAUGGUAUAUAGGUGUACUACAGUAUUUCCAAUGAAUUUUUUCUGUGUGUUGUUAACUGCUCUCAAAAUUUUCUUGGUUUACAGUUCACAAGAAAGAUACAGUUCCCAUAUGAAAAUUUUAUCAAGUAUUUAAUUGACGUCUUCGCACAUUCGUCAUUUCCCUUACACUAUUGGCAUUAGUACAGAAUAUUUAUCCAGUUUAUGAAAUAAAAUUUUAUUGUAUUUUAUUAAUAUAAGGUAGUACAUACGUGUAGUAAUUCUCAGAUGAUCAGUGGUUCAUCGUUAUAUAGUCAUAAUAUGCACUCACUGCCCGACUCAUAAAUUAUGACUCGUACUUAACGGGGUGCAGAGAUGUGUAUGGCAUGGAUUUUGACUUAGGUCAUUAUUUGUAGGAUGUGAUUAUGUUUAAUGCAAUAUUUGUCAUGAUAUUAUGAAUUAAAAUCCACUUAAUGACGGAUUAUGUGUUGGUUGCUAUAUUCAUCUUAAUCAUUUUAUCAGAGUAAUAUACAGAAAAACUAUUUUUGUAGCUGUGAACUACAUUAUCAUUUGCUCAUACAUACAGUGCUACAGGGGGGCAGAGAGUAAAUUAUAUGUAAGCCCCACUACAAUGGGACAUAUAACAGUUGGUGUGAUACAUUUCAUUAAAAUAUGUAAUUGAAAUUUUAUUCAGCCAGGAUUAUAGCAUACUGCUUUUUCAGGGUUGAUGGGGAACACCAAGGGACAGGGUGAUGCUCUUGAUUUACAACCCUAUGACCCCGGGUUUAAACCUGGGGUCAGGCAGAGUUGACUGGGGGUUAUUCAUUGUGAUAUAUGGAUAGCCAGUUACCAAGUCAUGUCAAGAAACCAGAUAAGGUUAACCCUUCUCACUGAACGGUGCCACCCUUUGUAAGGGAGAGAUUCAGGAAAGGAUGUUAUCUCUUCAGUUGAUUCAGGUUAUAAUAUAAAGUUAGAUUUUCAAUGAUGAUUUGUAGAUGCUAGCAUUGUAUAACUAAAGUACAGGGUUAGUACUCCAUAAGGAAAACAAAAUUAACAUGUUCUGUAUACCUAGACUCUUACAAUUACUGAAUGAAGUGUCUAUAAAUUGUACAACAAAACAUUUGACAAUUAAUGUGGGAUGCCUGCAGAUGAUUCUAGAAGAACUAGAAUUGGUUUACAGUAUUUAUUUCAUAUUUGAUACUUCACUUAUACAGGCAAACUUUACUUUCACCAAAGUUCGUAACAUUUUACUGGUAACAGUAAUCAUGAAUUGUAAAUAGAAAAGGUCUUAUAUUUUGAUAAUUUACCUACCAUUUCAUACAUCACAUUGGAGGGUUAGCCUCCCAUUUUACCAUUCACUGCCAUGUUUUUACAUAGUGUGGUAUGAUUAUGCACUUGUGCCCAUAACUUUCUAAGUGAUAUGUGUAUUAUUUGACAAUUGUGGAUGAAUUCUUAUUUGUUAUAAAGACAAUUGACAAAAAUUAUGAGAAUGGCUAGAUUUUGUUUAUUUAAAUUUUCUGACAAUAUGUAGUUGUAAAUUUUAUGCUUCUAAUAAAUAAAGACUUUUGUAAAAA